GCGACAUUUUCAGCGUGACGCAGCGUUCGCGAAGUGACGACACAGCCGUUGAGCGUUCACGGUAACUGGCGCCGUGAAGUUUACUGAACCAAUGCACCUACCUACACCUGGAAACCUGCGCGGCGCAUGGGAUUCCCGGCUAGCGGGGAGCCGGCCGGACCGCACGCCAUAAUUCAAUACGUCAUCACACCGACAGCUGACUGGGGUGGAGUAUAUAAACCAGUCAGAGUCGGCGAACAGUAUCAUUCACAAGGAAACUGAACAGUGGUAUUGUUGUGGAGAAGCAACUUUUGCAGGAUGUUCCGCACAGCGUUUGUAGUCCUGGCUAGCCUGGCCUGCACCCAGGCGCGGCCUCAGUGGCAGCAGGCGGUACCGCUGGUCCCCGGCUCGUCCGGCACGUCCAACAGCGGCAUCACCAAGAGCGAGACCGUCCUCCCGAUCGGCGGCACGUCCAACGUGGUCCAACACCAGUCCGCCACUGGAGGACAGGCUUCCAACGGCGGCUUCAACGUCGGCACUGCCUCCGGCAACACCCAAAGCCAGACGGGUCUCCUGGGAACCAGCAGCUCGUCCAACACAGACGCCCAGUCCCAGCAAGGCUCCGUUCCAGGCUUUGGCAGCCUUGGAGGAGGUUUUGUCAUGCCGUCUAUCCCGGUUAUCCCUGGCUUCGGUCCCAGCAGCGCUCAGGGCCAGUCAGGCAGCAACAUCGUGCAGGGGGAGACCAUCGGAACUCACGGCGGCUCGACAAACAUCGUCCAGCAACAGUCGGGCACCGGAGGGCAGGCUUCCAACGGCGGCUUCAACGUCGGCACAGCCUCCGGCAACACCCAGAGCCAGACGGGUCUCCUGGGGACCAGCAGCUCGUCCAACACGAACGCUCAGUCGCAGCAGGGCUCCGUCCCAGCUUUCGGCCAUUUCGGAGGUGCAGGACUAAUCCUUCCUUCCAUCCCGGCUCUCCCUGGUUUCGGCUCCGGCAGCGCUCAGGGUCAGGCUGGCAGCAGCAUUGUCAGUAGCGAUACCAUUGGACCGUUCGGAGGCUCUUCCAAUGUGGUCCAAAUGCAGUCCGGCACCGGCGGCCAGGCCUCCAACGGCGGCGUCAACGUCGGCUCUGCAUCCAGCAAUUCGCAGAACCUGAUCACGCCGCACGGCACCAGCAGCUCGUCCAACACGGACGCCCAGUCGUCGCAGUUCACCAACUCCGCCCUGGCCGGUUUCGGAGGAGUCCCGGGCCUGCCGGGCCUGCCAGUGAUCCCCGGUCUUGGCCUCGGCUCGGCCACCGGUAACGCUGGCAGCCAACUGACCCAGGGCAAGACCACCGGACCGGACGGCAGCCAGACCACCGUCACCCAGCUGGGCUCUUCGGCCGGUGGCAGCGCCUCCAACGGCGGCAGCAGCGUCAACCAGGCCUCCGGCAGCACGUCCAGCAUUGACGGCGUCUCUGGCUCGCAGACCCAGUCCAGCCUGAACUCGCAGUCCGUUCAGACCGGACGGUAAAUUCUCAUUAUUGGAUGCAUUAUCUCCGAAAAUUGUUCAUGACCAUUUCUGCCAGUACUGUUUUUUUUAAUAAGCAUUGGGAUUUGCACGCAGUUAAUCAAGCAUGUUGAUUUUUGUGACUUGUGUUGGUGUGAUGUUUGUUUUGUGCUUGACACUGAUGCUGAUGCCCUAAAUACAAUAAUGCUGUCAAU